AAGCAAAGCCUGAGAAGGAAAACUUAGGUCAAUUUUCGCGGGUCUAAUAUAUUGGAUUUGGCGCCAUCACAGAUCACUGUGUAAAGGCAAACCCCUCACAUUCAUUUCUUACUGCCUUUGUUUAUCACUCUUCUCUUCAUUCAUCUCACCAUUAAGCAGUUAAGCAUCGUCUGCAGCUGAAAGCAUGGAUAAAGACGAAGCUCUACAAAUUCCCAGAAGAUUGACCAGAUCUUCAGCCUCAUCUUCUGCAUCUACAUCAAAUAGUGCAGCUGCAGCAAAAGUAAACAAUAGCCUUGAGCCCCUAACAGUUAAUGACCUUUUAGUUGGAGGAGAUCCCAUCAGCCUAGAUUCUAUAAUUUCUAGCUUUCCUGGUAGAAGUAACCAGAUUCUUGAGAUUUUGCGUCUUUUGGGACCUCUGAAUUCACCAAUGCUUCCUUUAUUUGUGUAUGGCGGUUCUUCCACUGGAAAAUCAAGCAUAAUUCUUCAAUUAUUCAGGCAUCUCAACCGGCCUCUUGUUUAUUCUAGUUGCAGGACAUGUUAUAACCAACGUAUCUUGUUCGAAUCUAUUCUAAAUCAGUUACUUCUACAUAGGAAAAAUGCUUCCAAUGGUUAUUCAAAUGCAAAGCGCUGUGAAAGACCAUCUGAUUUUAUCAAUUUUCUUCGGGAAGCAUUCACCAAUAUUAUAAACAAUAUGAAGGAGAAAUCAGAGAAGUUGAUCUCAAAUAAGAUGACACAAGGGGGAAUUGGAAAUAUGAUCUACUUGGUAUUUGAUAAUUUUCAGCUUGUUAGGGAGUGGGAUAAGAGUUCUACUAUAUUGCCUUUACUGUUUAAUCUUUAUGAUCUACUAAAGAUGCCUGAGGUGGGUCUAAUUUUUAUCAGUACUACUUCCCCGGAUACCUUUUAUACUAACAUGGGUUAUGUGGAGCCCAUCCCCAUUUACUUUCCUGAUUACACAGAAGGAGAUAUUCGUCAAAUAUUAUUGAGAAACCAAGCAAACCAGAAGCUGUAUUCUUCAUUUUUGGAUGUUGCUCUGAGGCCUUUCUGUAGAAUUUCUGGGCAGGUUGGUGAUUUGUCUACUGCCUUAAAGCCUCUAUAUGAAAAAUAUUGUGAGCCUUUAAGUGAUAAGGGAGUUGUGCCUAAUGAAGAGAUGAAGCGAAGGCUGUUCAGUCAUAUCAAGCCUCAUAUUGCGUCCUCUUUGAAUGAGAUAUUUAAGGUUUCAUCUAUUCCUUCAACUGAAGUUGAGAUCCGUAAAGAGAAAAAGCGGAAGGAGAAUCCCAAGAGUUUGGAGCAAUUUGAAGAAAUUGGCAAUCUAGAUUUUCAUAUGUCUACUAGUGCAAAGUAUCUUCUGAUUUCAGCAUUUCUUGCCUCUAGAAACCCAGCUACUCUUGAUGCUUCACUGUUUGAUUCCAAAGGUGGUUCUGAUAAUCGAAAGCGUAAGAGGAAGCCCUCUGAGAAAGUGCUGGAACAGAAGGAAAGUUUAGAAGAGGAACUACUGAUGAAAGGACCUGGAACUUUCCCAUUGGAAAGGUUGUUAGCCAUAUUUCAAUGUAUUGUAUCAGUUGCAGAAGAGCCAUCCGAUGAGGAGGAACUAAAUGAUGGAUUAGGAGUUCAAGGUGGAAAUGGUGGACUGAUGUCCGAUGUUCUUUUGCAGCUAUCCAGUCUUUGCAAUGCUAACUUUAUAUUCAAAGGACGAAGCUGCCCAAUUGAAGGCACAACUCGGUAUCGAUCGACCAUAUCUGAAGACCUGGCUUUGAAGGUUGCAAGGAGCCUCAAGUUCCCGUUAUCAAAGUAUUUGUAUAGAAGAUAGCAGUCUUUGGCAUUUACACUUCACUAAGCUUGGUUGUCAAACUUUUUUUCUGGUAGAUCUGCCAAUAGUGUAUAUAACCUCUACUGUGGCCAGCGGUUAUCAACAUGAAUGACUGGAAUCCCCUAAAAAUCCUCGACUGAUAGAAUGGACAAUUGUAAUCAUGGAAGUUCAUGGAUGGAUGGAGUGAGUAUUUUACAGUGAACAUCUGAGUUAUUAGGGAUUUUUGUUUAUUGCUCUAAAAGGGUUUUGAAAUAUUGUGGAUUGUAAGUAGCAAAGAUCCUGAAAUCAUGACUUAACGGAUAUAAAAUUGUAAUAUAGCACAAAGUUUAGUGCCAAAUUUCAUAGUAACAAUCUUGAUGUCCUAAAAGGAAUGCCACCGCAUUUGAUGGAUGCUUAAUGUGGAGGAAUUGACAGUUCUUUC